GAAGAGGAAAGUCAAGCCUACAGCUUGCAGGAUCUUGGGAAGAAAAAAGAAGGAAGAAGAGGAGGAGAGGAGGCACACACUCAUUGGGCGUUCAGCUGGAGCAAAAUGGACAGAUGAGGAAAAAUUGGACUGAUAGAAUAAAUGGAAGGAAUGUGGGAAGAAGGGGAACAUGGAGAAGAUGGUGCUACUUUCAAAGACACAGGAGGAAUGUUUUAAGGGGAGAAUUUGUUUUACCUACCACGUGGAAUGCUCCUGGGGCCUUGACAGGUCUGAAGCCAUCAACAGGUAGCCACUGUUGCCUGGAACAGCCUUUUCCCCGUCUGGAAAGUUUACCCCUCAAUCCCAAACCUUUCCUCAAUGGAUUAACAGGAAAGCCAGUGAUGGUGAAACUGAAGUGGGGAAUGGAGUACAAGGGCUACCUGGUAUCUGUAGAUGGCUAUAUGAACAUGCAGCUUGCAAAUACAGAAGAAUACAUAGAUGGUGCAUUGUCUGGACAUCUGGGUGAAGUUUUAAUAAGGUGUAAUAAUGUCCUUUAUAUCAGAGGUGUUGAAGAAGAGGAAGAAGAUGGGGAAAUGAGAGAAUAGCAUCUUUUCUGGGUUUUUUUUUUUUAUAUAUAUAUUUCUAGCCAAUAAAGAUUUGUUUGUUUUUCAACUUGA